AUGUCCCUCCCAAAACAUCUCCAUCUCCAUGUCCAUCCAAUCCUCAUCUUCGUCAUCCUCUUGAUCUUCUCAACCCCAGCAUCACAUUCCUCUGCCAUUACCAACAACUCGCUGACCGCCUACGAGGUCCUCGAGGAAUAUGACUUACCCAUCGGCCUCCUCCCCAAUGGCGUCCUUGGCUAUGAGCUGGACAGCUCGACCGGUGAGUUCUCAGUGUACCUCAAUGGGACGUGCACCUUCUCAAUUGACUCCUAUGAGCUCAAGUACAGCUCAACAGUCACUGGGGUCAUAUCCACGGACGAGCUCUCGAGCCUGAGUGGGAUCAAGGUGAAAGUGUGGUUCUUCUGGCUCAGCAUUGUCAAGGUGGUUCGCGAUGGCGAUGAGCUGGAGUUCUCCGUCGGGAUAGCAUCUGCGGACUUCCCGGUGAGCAACUUUGACGAGUGCCCGACUUGCGGAUGCGGGUUCGAUUGCGAUAGCGUGGGGAAGACGAGGAAGUUCAGGGUCAAGAAGCCCUCUUGGGCCUCAUCCUAG